AUGUCCAAAGCAAUUAAGGAACUCGGAGAGCAGCUCUUCACUACAAAGCUUUAUACAAAGCUCUUCCAAACACAAACCCCAGGAAAGCGCAUUGCACCUCCCCAGGCCAACGACAACAAAACAAAGGCUCCAUUGCGUCUCGACGCCGGCGAAGUUAUUGGUGAUUGGAAGAACGUCUAUUUGCAAGUCAACAGCCAAGCCCAGAAUGAAGCGCUAGCCAAAUUCCGAAAGAAGAAUGGGACCGAUGCCAAGUUGGCAAGCGGUAAGAUUAAUGUGAAAACUUCAGAGAAAGAGCAGGAAGAAGCCGCUAAAGCGUUGUGGAAUGCAUUGGCGAGCGAUGCAAAAAAGAAGCUGGGCUAA